AUGGAAAACCACACACAUCGUCGACCUUUCAUUUACCACGUUCAUAAUGAACUUACCACAACCUUCAUCGCCAUCUCCACAAUUGCCUCUACCGGCGACAACAACUCAUCUCAGAAAUCAGUCGUGGGUAUGGCGGUCCAUAAAGCAGGAGAUUUAGCCAUAUGGAGCGAUGAUCGGAUCAAUAGGGUUGGUGAAAGUUCUGGGAAAUCAACUGACGGAUUAAAGGGAAGCGAUGGAAGAAGAGAUGAAAUCGAAGUUAGGUCUUGUAAGACAAAGAAAGGGCGUAAAAGGGGAGACAAAUUAGGGAAAGUUUCAAAGAGGGGAAAGAAUGCGACUCCAGUUUGUUUAAUUGUUGAAUCUGAUGAUGAUGUUGAUGAUCAUGUGGGGCUGAAUGAACCCUCUCCUCCGAAUCAUUGUGAAUUUAGAACCGAAGAUACUUUUGGAAGUGGAAAGGUCGAGAAGAAAUUGCGAAGCUGGAGAUCUUCAAAAAAGGCAAGAACACGAAUCGAAAUAGCCUCAUCGGAGGAAAUCUUGGAUAAUAAAAGCGCGAGAACAAAUGAUUCACAACAUAAUAGUGAUGAUGAUGAUGUGCUUUCAUUAUUGGAGGGUAAUGUUAAAUCAAGCAGGAGCCACAGGAGGAAUGAUAGUUCUGGGAAGACGAUUCAUGAAGAUAAGUUUGUGACUUCACAUGGUUGUCUCCUUGAUGAAAGUGAUGACCAUGAACAUAUUACAUUAGAUGAUGAUAUUACAUGUUUGGAUGACACUCAUCCCUCCCAUAGCUCACGUGUUAGAAGCAAUGAUGUAAAGUUAAGCCCGGUGGAAUUGGAUUCCAUUUAA